ACCACUGGCAAUCGAAUCGAUGGUGGCCGCCGCACGGUGCCUGCUUCUAAACCCCAUCGUCUACCACAGCCGCCCCGCUUCCUCCUCGCCGCUCCGCCUCUCCCGAAUCACCACCCUUCCACUCUCCUCCUCGGCCUCAGCCUCGCCGCUCGUCGCCGUCGCCUCCAUGGACGCGCCGCCGCAGGGCUACCGCACCAACGUCGGCAUCUGCCUCGCCAACACCUCCCUCACCAAGAUUUUCUCGGCUUCCAGGAUCAACAUCCCUAGCGCGUGGCAGAUGCCUCAGGGUGGCAUAGAUGAAGGGGAAGAACCAAGAGCGGCUGCUGUUAGGGAAUUGAGGGAAGAAACUGGUGUUACAUCCGCAGAGAUCGUGGCUGAGGCUCCUAACUGGUUAACAUAUGAUUUCCCGCUGGAUGUGAGAGAGAGGCUAAAUGCUACUAGGUGGGGAACGGAUUGGAAAGGACAGGCUCAAAAAUGGUUUUUGUUUAGAUUUACUGGAAAUGAUGAUGAAAUUAACCUUAAUGGUGAUGGGUCUGAGAAGCCAGAGUUUGCUGAAUGGACAUGGAUGACACCCCAACAAGUUAUUGAAAAGGCAGUCGAUUUCAAGAAACCUGUAUAUGAGGAAGCGCUGAAACACUUUGCCCCAUAUCUACAGUCAGAUCCAACAGAUUCAUCAUAGAUCUGACCAAUUUUCAUGAAUUAUUUAUAUAGAGCUCCGCUGUUGUACCCAAACCUUAAUUAUUCCUCAUGAAGUACUGGAGUUGUGCUAGUUUUUAGAAUAUAUGGCAUACUCCGGGGAAUUAUUAUCCUGGUAUUGAUUGGAUCCUCGUCCUUUAACUAUAUCAGCCUGCAAUAAGCUGUGUAAACUGUUAUAAUUA